AUGCCCAAGUAUUUCAUACCUAGGUACUGAUACUGUAUCGGCAAUGUAACCAAAAAACAAGAUGUAACAUUUCUAAAUAAUGUAACGGCAGCUGCAUUCGUAUAUGAUGAUGAAGAAGAAGAAGAGAUUAUUGAUAACACGAUACUGGGAUACUGUUUGAUAGUAUCUGUGAUAUUUUUAAUUCCAACGGCUCUUAUAUACACUGCAUUACCCGAGCUCAGACGGCCGGCGACAUUGGACUACAGCUGGCAUGAAUUCAAAUGGUUUUUUUUAUACUCUUGGGGGAGUCCUACUCUUCUCACCGUGUGUAUGGCUAUAGUGAACUUCUACCCUGGCAAACACCAGAAACCUGGUAUUGGUCUUAACGACUGUUGGUUCUUUAAUAAAAGUCAACAAUGGUAUUACAUGUACAGUGUGAUGUCGCUGUUAUUGGCUGCUAACAUCGCUAUUUUCAUUUAUGUAUCGCUAGUUAUAUGGCGUCUCUCUUUCUCCUCGAGUCAUCUGAAGACAUUGAAAUACAAAUUUCUAAUAAGCGUUCGAUUAAUAUUAUUGAUGGGUUUACCGUGGGUGUUCGAAAUGGUGAAAUCUCUGUUCGAGAAACAUAUUAUUUGGACAAUCAUCGAAGUGUUUAACAGUAUGCAGGGGCUGUUAAUAUUUUUACUGCUAGUUGUUUUUCGUAAACGUGUGAUAAAAGUGAUGUAUAAACACCGCUGGCUGGAUUGCAUAUCGGGAUUCGUCGAAGAGCACCUGGCUCUUCAAGAUGAUGAAGAAAAUGUUGUGCAGCACACUGACGUACCGAUGUCAAUGGGCAACAGAAAUAUAGUAGUAGUGUAG